AUGUGUAUGUUUUGAACAGUUUCAUUUAGUUGACACCAUUUUGAAUAUGAUGCUUGAUUGUAAACCACACCCAGAUACCGAAUGAAUGAUUAUGUUGCUGCAAUCAAGGAAGUGUGGAAGGAACUUCCUAGAAGAGUCAGUUGUGUUCACGCCAAACAUUGGUUGACAGAAUGGACACAUCCCUUUUAUUAAUGCUGAUUUUACUCAUAGUUAACUGUGUGUGUUGUGUGAAAGUAACUCCUAGUGGCAAGAGUUCUUCAAUAACUACAAAAGGAUAUCCUACAACUGAGUCAGUUUCUACUGAAACUGCUACAACUGCUACAACUGCUGUGUUUGCAGACUCUGUGCAGAAUCUUACUGUGUCAGAUGUGACAUCAUCAUCUUUUAUUGUUUCUUGGGAGCCACCAGUCUAUGGGACUGAAUCUUUUAUUGAAAGAUAUGUAGUUUACAUAAAUUGUUCAAAUGAAACCUCAGAAGAUUCUUGUGAGAUGGACUGUUCACUAAUUAUAGACAGUGUAGAUGCAGAUCAGACUGUUUAUAUCUUCCAAAAUGCUACACCUUUCACCACAUAUGAGGUGACAGUCCAGCCAGAAUCUAAUUUAGGAAGUUGGUUGCCAGCUACUACAGGGCUACGUACUGAUGAAGACCUGCCAGAUGAACCUGAGAAUUUGUCAGUUGAAGAAUAUAAUGGGGUGGUUAUUGUGAGCUGGGACCCACCAAAAUGCAAACGAGGACUGCUGAUAUUCUACAACAUUCAUGUUAGUUGCAUAAAAUCAAAAGAUGGACCCAGCUGUCCAUGCCAAGAUAACAGCAGCAUGAAUUCCACAAUAUCAGCAUCAUUGUCAAAUGGAACAUUCUAUGGAAUACAAGCAUUUUCUAUAUACAGAGUUUCUGUUUCUGCUGAAACAAAGAAAGGUGCUGGAGAUUCUGCCAAAAAAAUAUUCAGCACAACAGAAGGUGUUCCAGAUAAACCCAAAAGUUUAUUGGUGAGCGAAAGUAAUGGUACACUUUCACUACAAUGGGAGCCACCGACAUGUAUCCGAGGAGUACUGUUGUACUAUCAUGUUACAAUCACUUGCAAAGUUUCAAGGAAUGGGCCAGACUGUCCGUGCCCACAGAACAGCUCUAUCAGUAUCAAAGAACCUCCAUCUGAAACACAAACAACGUUUGUGGGACUCCAUCCAUAUUCAGAAUACAGUGUUGCUGUUGCCGCUGAAACCAAGAUAGGUGUUGGGAAUUCAAAAGAAGCAUCUUUUAAUACUACAGAGGAUGUUCCAGAUGAACCCAAAAGUUUAUCAGUAAGUGAAAGUAAUGGUACACUUUCACUACAAUGGGAGCCACCAACAUGUAGCCGAGGAAUAUUGUUGUACUAUCAUGUUACAAUCACUUGCAAAGGUCCAAGAAAUGGGCCAGACUGUCCAUGCCCACAGAACAGCUCUGCCAGUAUCAAAGAACCUCAAUCUGUUACACAAACAAAGUUUGUGGGAGUUCAUCCAUAUUCAGAAUACAGUGUUGCUGUCGCUGCUGAAACAAAGAUAGGUGUUGGAAACUCAAAAGAAGUACCUUUUAAUACUGCAGAGGAUGUUCCAGAUAGUCCAGUUAAUGUUUCCAUAAGAAAUAUUUUACCCAGGGAAUUUACUGUUGUGUGGUAUCCUCCUACCUGUGUUAAUGGAGAACUUUGGAACUAUGUUGUUACUGUGGAAUAUAUUUCUGAAGAGGAAAUCAAUUGCCAGCCACCAUCACAUCACUACUGGAGCUCAGUGUUUUAUGAAGAUGUCACAGAAUAUACAUUUCCUUAUGGAUGGCCAUUCUCUAAAUAUAAUGUGAGUGUGAUAUCUGUGGCAUCAGGUGGAAAUAGAAGUUCAUAUCCACAGGAGGCUAAGACACUGGAAGACAUUCCAGGUAUACCAGAGGAUUUGACUGUUUCGCCUGAUUUCAAUAUAACAUGGAAACAACCACUAUGCACAAAUGGUAUAUUGCAGAUGUAUUAUGUGACCAUUACAUUUUGGAGACCAGUAGAAAUUUCAGAUGAUUGCCCUAAGGAAGAGAGCAAAAUAUAUAGCUUCAGUGUAUCUCCAAAUACAAUGGAUUACCAGUUUACAGAAGAGAAGCCUUAUUCUGUGUACUCAGUGUGUGUACUUGCAGCAACAAAUGCUGGCAAUGGCAGUGACAUCUGUAUCAAUAUUCGGUCAAAAGCAAUUGUGCUUGAUGGACCAAGAGUUCUGGAAGUGGAAUCAUUAAAUCCAAGAGCUGCAAAUAUCACAUGGAAAAAUCCUUGCCCAAUAACUGAUGAAAUAGUUAAAUUCUCAGGUCAUUUUAGUGGAUACAGGCCAGGAUUUGAAUAUCAUACAACAUGGUUUGAGCAAGAGGGCCAGUUGUUUUAUUAUACCAUAGAGGACCUAAAGCCUGAGUAUAGAUAUUCACUGGUGAUGCAUGCAUAUGGAAAGAUGCUUGGUAAAGGAAACAAAACCAUCACAUACUUCCAACAGCCAGCAGGAAUUCCUGGUGUGCUACAAAAUGUUUCUAAUGAACUUAGAUCAAGUCCAUUGGACACACAUGAUCCAACAAGACAGGCACUUAUAUCUGUGCCUACCCAUAUAUUUGAUUCAGCAAAUGGUAAUAUAAUGUACUAUGCAAUUUUUGUGGCACUAUACUCUUCAGAUCAGAAUUCAUCAAGUGGAUAUCUAGAAACACCAAUACAACUGUCAAACUGUAACAUAACUUGGCCUGAUAAUAGCUACUGGGGUGAAGUUACUGUAAAUGGAAUACCAUCCAGUGAAUACCAAGCUACACCUGACUGCUGGUAUCCACCUACUGCAGGUGGAGCUUUUACUUUUGUACUUGGUACUGAUGAGUCUUGUAGCCCUCAUCAGUAUUGUAAUGGACCCCUGCACCCUCGUACAGAAUACACUUUCAAAGUACGGGCUUAUACCUCUCACGGCUAUCAAGAUUCGUAUGUUGUUCCAUUCCACACAGACAGUGAAGUUGCAGUUGGACUAACCUUGGGCCUUGUGUUUGGGUUUUUAAUGGCAGGGACUGUUUUAUUUGGAUUUGUCAUGUACCGGAAUGGCCAGAUAUCUUGCUCUUUGGCAACCAUCCUUAAUAAUAAUGACACAAGAGAUGUUUGUCCUCGGCCCAUUCCUCUCAAAAAUUUUGCAAAGCAUUGUGAGCUGUUGUUAGACAUACCUGGACGAUUAAGCAGUGAAUUUCAGUUACUUUCUACAUUAUGUGUUGAUAUCAAUGAUACAAAUACAUUUUCUGUUGGUCGACUACCUGAUAAUAAACGCAAAAAUCGCUAUAUCAACAUCCUGCCAUUUGAUGCUAAUCGUGUAAAGUUGGAUAUCGUUGAUGGCGAUCCAUCAUCCGACUAUAUAAAUGCAUCUUUUAUUCAGGGAUAUAGUAAAAACAUUGAGUACAUAGCAACACAAGGUCCUAAGGAAGAAACUGUAAAGGAUUUCUGGCUCAUGGUCUACCAGUAUGAUGUGACCAUAAUAGUGAUGGUCACUCAGUUAGAAGAACAAGGAAAGGUUAAAUGUCAUCAGUAUUAUCCAAACUUAAGAGAAACAGCAAAAUAUGGUGAGAUCAGUGUUAAAUGUUCAACAGAGCUACAAUUCUCUAUAUAUACAUCUCGUACAAUCAUGCUGGAGAAGGGACAAGAGAGGAAGAAAAUAGUGCACUUACAUUUUCGGGAGUGGCCUGAUUUUGGGUGUCCAACAACAACUGAUGUGAUGCUACAGUUCUGUCAAAUUGUGCGGCAUCAGAUCUUGUUAUCAAGUGCAGGGCUCACUGUGGUUCACUGCAGUGCUGGAGUUGGCCGAACAGGAACAUUGAUUGCACUAGAUAUUCUACUACAACAUAUACGAGAAAAUAAAACUAUUGAUAUAUUUGGUGUUGUUUACAAUCUCCGAAAGCAACGAACAAAUAUGGUGCAGUCAGAGGCUCAGUAUGCAUACAUCUAUAAGUGCAUGAGGGAUGCGUUAGCGAAUACAGCAUAUCCAAAACAUGACAAAACUUCUACAAGUUCACUGGAACCAAUCUAUGAAUCUGCAGGCCCUGCUCUAAAUGCUACAGUCCACGACAGUUCAAGGAUGCUGAAUGCAAAAUCGAAUAUAACUGAAAAUGAAUAUGAACUGUAAUUUAUUGUUGAACAUUAUUUAAUGUUGUGUAUUGUGCUUACGAAAUAUGAACUGAAUUAAUUACAUGAAAUUUGAUCUCAUGAUUUUCAAGCAUCAAUCAUAAAUGAGAGCUAAGAUGAACAAGUGCUAGCAAAAAGGAAACACACUAUAUCCUCAAUUUACAAAGGUGACAAAAAUGAUUUGGAAGUGAUAAUAUUUCUUUUCCCAACUGAAUUGAUUUGUAACUGGCUUCAAUAGCUCUUUCUCAGAUGAUAAUACAGUUAUUUAGAGAAAUAGAGCGCUGUACCUGACAAAAUUUAUAAAAAAAUAUCAGUGUAAUAUAUGUUAGUUGGAGAUGUUUAUGUUCUCAUAACAAGAACAGCUCAAAAAUAACCCUGUGUUCACUUUACAUACAGUAGAAAAAAUUCUUCGCAUGUAAAUAAAAUGCUAUCUGAAAGUUCCUGAUUUGUAUCUGAAUUGUAUUGGUGUUCAUUGUAAUUUUGAUAACUAUUUUAAACCAUUACGUAUGCAAAAUUUAUUAGGCUAGGCUUCCAUGUGGCCUGAAUUAUUUGAACAUUUUGAUGUCCACGCCAUUGAAUUUAAUAAUUGGUUUUGUAUUAACAGAUGGUCUCACUUGAAUGUUAAUUACAACAGCUUUAAACUCAUUUCUUUGUGCAUCUAACAACAACAUGCAACUUUUUGUUGUUUGGUUUUAAUUAUGGCAUUUUAAAGUACAGAAUUUUGAUUUUCAAUUUUUUUUGCAUUCUGCAGAUGUAUCUCUUAACAUAAACCUGUGAAAUGUGAAUUUACAGAUUAGUGUAGACUAAAUUUUAUUACACCACAGCAUGUUGUGUUCUUGACACUUACUCCAAGUUUUAAUAUUCAUGAUUACUGCAACAAAUUUUGUGAAAUAUGCUGUGGGUUUUGUCACAGUGUGAAGUUGAAUGUAUUGUGUUACAACUCGACAUCUCAUGCUGCAUGAUAACUGUUAAAUACAAGAUCAGUCUUGUGUACAUUAAUCAUAAAUAAUGUUAUUUCAUCUCAUUUUAUCGCUAUAAUAAUGAUUGUGUCAAGUGUGUUUGUAAAUAUAUUUAAGAAGAAUGUGGAUACCCACUGAAGUUUUUAUAUCAUACCUGAUACUCAAACUGUACUCGGAGAGUGUUUCAUGCAAUCAUAUACAUCAAUUUCAUCUAAUGUAAAUAAAUGAACUCUGGCAAUAUCUUUUAAUCUUUAGUCACAAAGAAAUUAUUCCAGAUGUACUCAAAUGAUUCAUGAAUAACACCAUGUGUAUUUCACCUACAAAGUGAUUAUGCCCACCAAUAUCUUCAUCUGUGCCGGUCUUUACCCAUUACCAACACACAUCUCACUAUCUGAAAGUAUCUUUAGGAAUAUGUAUCACUGAUUGGUUGAAACAAAGAAACAAUUAAAAAAUAAUGACUUGCAUCCAGAAUCUCAGUGACAGGAAA